AUGGAGGAGCAGCCAGCCUUGGAACAUGACUGCCUGCUUCCUUUGGAGAGACAGUUCCAUGAGGCAGCCAGACGGAACAAUGUUGGGAGGAUGAAAGAAUUGAUUGAGAUGGGGGUCAAUAUCAGAGCCAAAAACAACAUGGGCAGGAUGGCACUGCACUGGGCGUCUGGGGCCGGGCAUGAGCAAGCUGUGAGACUACUCCUGGAGUACGAGGUGUCUGUGGAUGACAAGGACAAGUUUGGGAUGAAUGCACUGCUUCUCUCUGCCUGGUUUGGCCACCUGAGGAUCCUACAGCUGCUAGUCAAUUCAGGGGCCAAGAUCAACUGUGAGGACAAGAAUGGUUUGAACAUACUGCACUGUGCAGCUCAAAGGGGCCACGUACAUGUGCUGGAGUUUAUAAUGGAAGAUUUGGAGGACGUGCCCCUCGAUCGAAUUGAUAAGCUGGAUCGGACAGCUUUCCAUUUGGCGGCUGAACAUGGGCAGCUUGACACUCUGGACUUCUUGAUUGGCUUCGGCUGUGACCAUGGCAUCAAAGACAAGGAGGGGAACACGGCCCUUCAUCUAGCAGCAAAGAAUGGCCACUCUUCAGUGCUCCAGAGGAUCAUAGAGCUUGGACUGGACCUAGAGGAGAAGAAUGCGGAAGGCUUGACUGCAUUGCAUACAGCAACUGAGGGAGGCCACUUGGACUGUGUGCAGCUCCUGAUUCAGGCUGGUAGCAAGAUCAACGCCCAGACCCAGAAACAAAUGAAUUGCCUUCACUAUGCCGCCCUUCACGGCUUCGAUGAAAUCGCUCAAGCUCUCAUUGGUGCUGGGAUCAGCGUAGAUGCCGCAAAUCAUCAAAACGCAUCUCCCAUCCACAUCGCGGUCCUGAACAACUUCCCUUCCAUGGUCAGACUCCUCAUCGAGGCAGAAAUCGACCUUGAUGUCACCGACAACAGGCAACAGACGCCACUCCACAUUGCUGCUGAGAAUGCGAGACAAGACAUAGCCGAAAUGAUCCUCCUCGCAGGAGUGAACUUAAAUUUGACAGAUAAGCAAGGAAAAACAUCACUGGAUGUCGCUGCUCGUGGUAACCACAUCAGCUUGGUAGAUAUGAUCAUAAAAGCAGAUCGAUUUUACAAAUGGGAACAGGACAACCUCAGAACUGACUCUGACUCUUGGGCUGUGAAACCUUUAACCUUUAAGCAGGACCACGGGGUGGAAACCCAGCAUAUCCGCUCAGUAAUGUGGUGCUUAGCCACCAAAUACCUCAAGCACAAUGACUGGAAGAAGCUGGCACAUUACUGGAGGUUUACUGAUGCACACAUUCGCGCUAUCGAACAGCAAUGGGCAGGCACUAAGAGCUACUGGGAACAUGGCCACAGAAUGCUGCUUAUUUGGCUCCACGGUGUAAUCAUGGCAGCUGAAAACCCAAACAAAGGACUAUACGAAGGGCUCGUGGGAAUUGGCAGAAGAGAUCUCGCUGAAAGCAUCAGAAAGAAAGCAAAUGCAGACUCCAGUUCCUCCAAGAAGUGCGCGACGAUGUGACCUGAGCCAGAGGGAGCAGGGUGGAGCAGCCCUCCAGAAAGUGGCUACCAUUUUACAACUCUCUGGCAACCAUUUCUCACUGAAUCCAGAAUCUCAAGAUCGGCAGCAGGGACGUCUCAUGCCUGUAGCCCUUUCCCCAAGGGUCUAGGUCUCCUCAGAAACCAGUCAUUGUAAACAGCUGCAUGAACAGCUUAUGGGACACACUGGGCUUUGCAAUCACACAAAACUGAUCACUUUGGUUUUAUUACUGCUGCCUUGCUUACCCUACAACUGUUACUACUUAUAAGCUAGUUUGUCUAUUUUAAAGUUUGGAAGGGAGUACAUUGCUUGUUAACUGUGAUUCGAAAAUACUGCUUUCCUGAGUUUUGCUAAAAGACUGGCCAGCAUAGGUUGUUAUGAAUUUUUAAGUGUCACAGAUAAUAAAGGCUAGAAAAAAUUACAAAGGCCAUUUCGAAUCUACCAGCUCCAACAUUUUGUGAAAAUCAGAGCUGCACAGCUGUGUAAGAAUUUAGAAAUGUGGUCUGAAAAUUACAUAUGUCCAAUUUUUGCUUUAUUGUAUAAUAACUCCACAGAGGGAGAUUAAGGGGAUUACUUCUUAGGAAAGUAAAUACAUUGGCAACUAAUUAAGCCUUUUCUGUUGGCAAAAGUUGCCCAUUAGGUCUAAAGAAGGGAAAGAGACACAGAGUUUAGGGCUUGAAGAACCUUCAAGGGAUCAUCUAGUUCAAACGCUCCCUCCCCUUUUUUAUAAACAUAUAAUGAAACUGAUCCCCUGACUAGUUAGGAGAGCUGGGAAUAGGAUUUAGAGCCGUUGAACCCUCCAAAUAACAUGGAGUUGUGAGGAAAGUGUAUUCUUUCAUGUAUUUUUUUUUUCUUCUUGCUUGCAAGGCAAAAAGACCUCUGGGCAAAAGGAGGAGGGCUAAAGGCAAGCAUGUGGUUUUGCCAUGUAACUAUAUGCAGACAUUGAGUUUUCUGGGCUACGUGCAUCAUCUCAGACAGCACCUAGAUCACAGGGAAUUCAAAUCUCCUAGUAAGAUGAAUUUGACAAAUGAAGUUUUCUAAUUUUUUAAAGAGGAAAAAGCUAUUAAAUAAAACAAACUAUUUCCUCUAAAUUCAAGACUAACAUCUUGGUUGGGGAUUCUAUAGUAAAACUUUGAGUUGGACAAGUAUUAAUUAGUCCAUUAAACACAACAGCUACUCUAAACUUCCUCUCAGCUCCACUGACAAGUUUUUAUUAGCAGCAUCUAGUUGGGGGGAAAAGGUGACUCUCACUUAAGUGAUACCAAAGUACUGACCCAGCGCUGUUGCACACGGUGCUGACAGCAACAACCUCAGCAUUGUCAUUUCCUCACAUGCAUAAAAGGGGAGAGGUCUUCCUGAGUCCGAAGCUAGCCCUCCGUCCAGACACCAUUUUAAUUCCUGCUCAAAGAUGACUUUUCUAUUGUAUCCUUGGGCUUUUCAGGUGCCAGGAAGAAAAUAAUUCCUGAAUAUAAGUGAGGGCCUGUACAUUUUUCUGCAUUGUCUGAUGCAGUCAUUAGUUAUUCCUGAGAGAAAUCCACCAUAAUUCACAUUUCCUGAUAGCUGGGGGUUAGUUCUUUAGUUCUCUUCAUCUUGUACUGUGCAUUAUUCUCAGUGGCUAUCCACAGGAGGAAGCCUUUUCAGCUUGUGCAAAUGUAUGAUGUAAGCAGGCUAUCAAACCAGAUACCACAGAAGCCAUCAGCUGCCACGUACCCUAUGGAGCCACCAAGAGAACAGUAAGAACCAAUGUGCUGUUCCCUGUGUUUGAGAAGGCACCAUCGAGAGGCUCCAUUUCAUAACCACUGUGGCUAUUCAGCACCAUUUUUAAUCAUGUGCUUUCUGUGCCCUUUUAACAGACUCAGCCCCCUCCACAAUGAUUCUGAAGCACAAUGUUCUAAUAAAGGUAGAAAAAGCCAACCCAAACUUUCCU